AUGGAAAACUGGACCAUGGGACUCUGGCAAACCUGUGUCACCCAAGAGGAAGUGGGGAUGCAGUGCAAGGACUUUGACUCCUUCCUGGCUUUGCCUGCUGAACUCAGGGUCUCCAGGAUCUUAAUGUUUCUGUCAAACGGGCUGGGGUUUCUGGGCCUGCUGGUCUCUGGGUUUGGCCUGGACUGUUUGAGAAUUGGAGAGGGUCAGAGAGAUCUCAAGAGGCGACUGCUGAUCCUGGGAGGAGUUCUGUCCUGGGCCUCGGGAAUCAUAGCCCUGGUUCCUGUCUCUUGGGUUGCCCACAAGACGGUUCAGGAGUUCUGGGAUGAGAACGUCCCAGACUUUGUCCCCAGGUGGGAGUUUGGGGAGGCCCUUUUUCUGGGCUGGUUUGCUGGACUUUCUCUUCUACUGGGAGGGUGUCUGCUCAACUGUGCAGCCUGCUCCAGCCACGCUCCCCUAGCUUCGGGCCACUAUGCAGUGGCGCAAAUGCAAACUCAGUGUCCCUACCUGGAAGACAGGACGGCAGAUCCUCAAGUGUAA